AUGUCGAAUGACGCACCCUACUCCCGAUCCUCAGCCACGAGUUACCGCCCAAGGGAGACCCUUCGGAAGCGACUAAGGCUCCAGCAGAUUGAACACGACGGCGCAGUCGACGAUGACGACAAUACGGAAGAAGGGCCCCCACGGCCCCUCCCCAAGAGCGACUACAAAUCCAUAUACAAAUGGUGGAACGACGAAUACCGCCUGGUCGCAGUCUGCGUCAUCGGAGCCCUCGUCCUAGGCAUCAUCUUCAAGAAUUACGACAAGCAGCCAAUCCCCCAACUAAUGCAUGGCAACCUCGACUUUGAUGUCAUCAUUGUAGCCAUGUUCACCUGCGUUCGCGUCGCCAUGAGUGGCAUUGUCGAGUCCUCCAUUAGCCAGUCUGCCUGGAUCUGGGUGUCUGAAGCCCGGCAACGUCGCACCAAUGACAGCCGAGCCAGGCUGGAAGACUUCAAGAUUUAUGACGAGGCAUCACGCGGGCUUUGGGGAAGCCUGUAUCUCUUGUGGCGGCUGAGAGGAAGACAUCUUGCUUGCAUCGGUGCCUUGAUCGUCAUUCUUGUCCACGGGCUCGAGGCAUCAUCCCAACAGCUUUAUCAGUACGAGGGCCAGCCACGAGAAAUCCUCGACGAACCCAAAGUCGCGGCACCUGAGAGAAGCGAUCUUGGUAUACUAUCCGUGGACGUCAAAAACCUCAACCUCGAAUGUUCUGGCGUCAACUGCACGUGGCCCAUCGUGCCAACACUGGCAGUUUGCGGCGAGUGCAAUCCUCUGGACAUGAGGACCAUGUGUACCGACAAAACACAAACGUGCCGGUACAGCUUGCCCAUGGGCACGUCAGUGGAGAUCAGCCGAAAUGCCCCAACCACUGAGCGGUUCAGGACGGCCGCGUCGGAGGGCACCAUCCACCAUAUCAAUUCGACGACGCGAACAUACAUAUCUGUCUUCGACGUCCUAUGGGUCAUGAAGAGCAAGCGAGAGACGCAGAGUGUUGCUACGGAAUGCGCGCUGUGGUUCUGCAUGAAGAGCUACAACUUCACGAUUAUCGAAAGCCAGUUUCACCAAGAACUCAUCAAAAGCUGGAACACGACGCGAUUUGAACUGAGCAACAGCGCGCACGGCGACGAGUACGUCUUCGUUGAUGUUCCGGGAGACAUGAAUGUGGCGCCGGAAUCCAGGUACAGCAUCUCCAGAAAAGCGUUGGCUGCGUUGCGGAGGUUCGUAGACCCGCUUGUCGAGACAACGUACGAGAAGCAGUAUACAAUUAUCAACUUUUCGUCGGAUUGGGCCGAAGGGAUAUACAAUGCGAGAGAAAAACUGCCGGAAUGGAUCAACCGAUUCAGCAUCAGUCUGACGAAUGAAGUGCGGCUUCAUGGCGAAGUUCGGGACAAGGACCGACAUCGAUACAGCGGGCGUGCGUAUGAGACGGUGCAGGUAAUUGUCGUGGACUGGUUGUGGAUGCUGUUCCCGACGGGCCUGAUCAUGAUCAGCAUUUACCAUCUCUUUCACACCAUCAUCAGAGGCGCUCGCGACGGCAUAUCGGUAUGGAAGAGCGAUUCGUUGCCAAUGCUCUUCUGUCGGAUUGAUGCCUCGAUUCUUGCAAAGGUUGGCGAUGGCAUGGAUGUGCCCAAUGGACUGGAUGAGGCUGUCGGCGAUGUCAAGGUGUGCUUAUGGAGGGAAGAUGAUGGCGACUGGGUGUUCAAGCCAAUCGAGAGCGAGGAGUCGUCGUCGUCGUCUGAAUCUGAUUCUGACUGA